AUGUAUAGUACAAUUUCACAGCAAAAUAUGCAGUGUACUAUAUGUUCAGUGGUGUUAUUAUUAUUUGGUUGCAGAACUUAACUCAUAGUCUUAUUUUGGUUUGAAACUAUACUCAAAUGUGAAGAAAAUAUACUCAAAUGGGUUUUUGAAAUGAAACUAUACUCAAUGAGUUUUUUGAACUAGAAGAAAACUCUUUCUAACUAGCUCACGGGUUUCUUUGUUUUUUAGUGGGUAUCUUUCAUACGUAAUAGUACACAUUGUUCCAGAAAGUUUUCCAAUUGUUGUUGGAACCAUUUGCCAGUGAUUUUUUAGAUUGUUAUUGGAUUCUUGCUUGUGAAGAAGUAGUUAUGGGAAAAGCUAGUAGAUGGUUUAAGAGUUUGUUAGGAAACAAGAAGAAGGAGAAAGAGAAGGACCACAGUGACAUCAAUUCAGGUUCAUUGACACCUGACAUCAAAAAGGAGAAGAGAAGAUGGAGUUUUGCAAAACAAGGGAAGAAUGUUGAAGUGGAACCUCCUAACAUUACUCCUACUUCAUCUUCUGAUGGUUCUUGGCUCAGAUCCUAUAUUGCUGAUACAGAAAAUCAACAGAACAAACAUGCAAUUGCUGUUGCAGCUGCUACGGCGGCCGCUGCUGAUGCUGCUGUGGCCGCCGCACAGGCUGCCGUGGCAGUUGUGAGGCUGACAAGUCAAGGUAGAGGUACAUUGUUCAGUGGAAGUAGAGAGAAAUGGGCUGCUGUAAAGAUUCAAACUUUCUUCAGAGGCUAUUUGGCAAGGAAGGCUCUUAGAGCAUUGAAAGGAUUGGUUAAGAUACAAGCUCUUGUUAGAGGCUAUCUUGUUAGAAAAAGAGCUGCUGCAACUCUUCACAGUAUGCAAGCUCUAUUUAGAGCUCAAACUUCUGUCCGAACACAGAGAGCUCGCAGAUCCAUGAGCAAAGAAAGUAGAUUUCUACCUGAAAUUAUUGCAAGAAAAUCACUGGAACGAUACGAUGAAACAAGGAGCGAAUUCCACAGCAAAAGACUACCAACAUCUUAUGAAACAUCAUUGAAUGGAUAUGAUGAUCAAAGUCCAAAGAUUGUUGAAAUUGACACAUGCAAAACUAGAUCAAAAUCUAGGAGAUUUUCCUCAGCAAUGUCUGAAUGUGGAGAAGAAUUACCACCUUUUCAUGCACUUUCAUCACCUAUUCCUCCUGGUAGAAUCUCAGUUCCUGAUUGUAGAAAUCAUCAUCAACACCAACAAGAAUUUGAUUGGUAUUUCAACAAUCUUGAAGAGUGUAGGUACCCUACAACACAUAACACACCGCGUUUCAGUAAUUCUUCUACGCGUCCUCCAAACACGCCAUCAAAGAGUGUUUGCGGCGGUGACAUCUUUAGACCUUAUUAUUACUCAAAUUUUCCGAACUAUAUGGCUAAUACUCAGUCAUUUAAGGCAAAAUUAAGGUCUCAUAGUGCUCCUAAACAAAGACCUGAAGUCAAGAAAAGGCUUUCACUCAAUGAAAUGAUGUCUGCGAGAAACAGUAUCAGUGGUGUUAGAAUGCAAAAACCUUCAUCCAAUUUUCAGACAAAACAAGAAGAUGAAGAAUCAUGGAAUUCUUGACAUUUUUAGUUGUCACAGUAUUGGAGAAAUUUGAGAGGAAACUAAAGAUGUAAUGAUGUUAGUUAGUGCUUUGGAAUUUGUUUUUUCAUUUGUGUUUGUGUACAUUCUUUUUAAAGAGUUCUUUUUUCCUUCUUUCUUUUUCAAUCAUUCCCCUUUCUUUUGUAACCAAGUGGUUUACAUCUAGUAAAGAAUUUGGUUUGGUUUCUUUUAAAGAAUACAACUCUGUACUCAUAGCAAUUGUUAUCAGUACCUUACGAUA